CAUUAAUUGGCAACUUGGUUAGACUUUCCAGCUGAAAUUUUUUUUCAUUCGUUCCUCUGUUGAUUGCUACGGCUAGUUCUUCAUUUUCAAGAAAUUGCUUCAGCUUUUGGUUGUAAAAGCUGUUUUCUGUUUACAGUCAUUGGUAGAGGGGUUUGUAAGCAAAAGAAGUUUCCAUCUAAGAAAAUGGCAGGGGAUAUAAGUUUGAAUGGAGAUCCUGAUAGCAUGCAAGAUUCAAAGAAGAGUGAGGCCAAAGAAGCCGCCGCCAAAACAGUACCCUUAUACAAGCUUUUCUCAUUUGCUGAUCCUUUAGAUCAUUUGUUGAUGUUUGUGGGGACUGUGGGGGCUAUCGGGAAUGGAAUCUCCAUGCCCUUAAUGACUUUGAUAUUUGGAAAUAUGAUCAAUGCAUUUGGAGGAUCCACAAGCACCAAAGAAGUUGUGGAUGAAGUCUCCAAGGUGUCUCUGAAUUUUGUGUACUUGGCUGCGGGUACCUUUGUUGCAUCACUUCUGCAGAUGACUUGUUGGAUGAUCACUGGGGAAAGACAGGCUGCAAAAAUUAGAGGGUUAUACCUUCAAACAAUUUUGAGGCAAGAUGUCAGCUUCUUUGAUAAAGAGACUAAUACAGGAGAGGUUGUUGGAAGGAUGUCAGGUGACACUGUUCUUAUUCAAGAUGCCAUGGGUGAGAAGGUGGGACAGUUCAUACAGCUAAUGGCAUCUUUCUUUGGAGGCUUUAUCAUAGCAUUCAUUAGGGGAUGGCUUCUAACUGUUGUGAUGCUAUCUUGUCUUCCACUUCUUGUUUUGUCUGGGGCUAUGAUGAGCCUGAUUAUUACAAAAGCAUCAUCAAGGGGACAAGCUGCAUAUUCUACAGCUGCAAGUGUAGUAGAGCAGACACUUGGUUCGAUCCGAACUGUUGCAUCAUUCACUGGAGAGAAGCAAGCAAUAGCUAAAUAUGAUCACUCUUUAAUCAAGGCUUACAAGACUGGAGUGGAAGAGGCACUAGCUUCUGGUUUGGGAUUUGGUGCACUCUAUUUUGUUAUUAUCUGCAGUUAUGGUUUAGCUGUAUGGUAUGGUGCAAAAAUGAUAAUAGAGAAAGGAUAUACGGGAGGAGAGGUUGUGACAAUAAUUUUUGCUGUAUUGACUGGCUCCAUGUCUCUUGGGCAGGCAUCUCCAAGCUUGAGUGCUUUUGCUGCAGGACAAGCUGCAGCCUUUAAAAUGUUUGAAACUAUUGAAAGGAAGCCAGAGAUUGAUGUUUAUGACACUACCGGCCGGAAGCUUGAUGACAUUCGUGGAGAUAUAGAACUCAAGGAGGUUUGCUUUAGUUAUCCUACAAGACCAGAUGAGUUGAUAUUCAAUGGAUUUUCUCUUUCAAUACCAAGUGGCACCACUGUAGCUUUGGUAGGACAAAGUGGGAGUGGGAAAUCAACAGUUGUUAGUUUGAUAGAGAGAUUUUAUGAUCCACAGUCAGGUGAAGUUCUCAUUGACGGUAUCAACCUCAAAGAAUUUCAACUGAAAUGGAUUAGACAGAAAAUAGGCCUAGUUAGUCAGGAACCAGUUCUCUUUACUUGUAGCAUUAAAGAGAAUAUCGCCUAUGGCAAGGAUGGUGCAACUGAUGAAGAAAUCAGAGCUGCAGCAGAAUUAGCUAAUGCUGCCAAAUUUAUAGAUAAACUACCUCAGGGACUAGACACAAUGGUUGGUGAGCAUGGAACUCAACUCUCUGGGGGUCAAAAACAAAGAGUUGCAAUAGCAAGAGCAAUUUUGAAAGACCCAAGAAUCCUACUUCUGGAUGAAGCUUCAAGUGCCCUUGAUGCUGAAUCUGAGAGAAUUGUGCAAGAGGCUUUGGAUAGAAUAAUGAUAAACCGAACAACCGUCAUUGUAGCCCACCGCUUAAGUACUAUACGGAAUGCUGAUACCAUUGCUGUUAUUCAUCAGGGAAAAAUAAUUGAAAGAGGGUCAUAUGAUGAUCUCACCAAGAAUCCUGAAGGAGCCUAUAGCCAGCUCAUCAGACUACAAGAAAUUAAAGGGUCAGAACAGAAUGUAGUUGACGGAGACAAGCCAGAGAGUAGCACAGCGCAUUCGGGAAGACUAUCAAGUCAAAGAUCUUCUUUCUUACGAUCUAUAAGCCAAGAAUCAUUGGGAGUUGGAAACAGUGGUCGCCAUUCAUUAUCAGCAUCAUUUGGUGUGCCAACAAGUGUUGGCUUCAUAGAACCUGCAAGUGCAGAACCUCAAGAUCCUUCUUCAACUGCUCCUUCACCACCAGAAGUGCCACUUUAUCGCUUGGCUUAUUUAAAUAAGCCAGAGACUCCAGUGUUACUCCUGGGGACUAUAGCUGCAGUGGUAAAUGGAGUAAUAUUACCUGUUUUUGGGCUCUUGCUUUCCAAAAUGAUAAGUAUUUUCUAUGAGCCAGCUCACGAACUUCGCAAAGAUUCAAAAGUUUGGGCAUUGGUAUUUGUUGCGCUUGGUGUAGUAUCAUUUCUGGUUUUUCCAAGCAGAUUCUACCUUUUUGGUGUUGCUGGUGGUAAGUUGAUCAAAAGGAUCCGGAAAAUGUGCUUUGAGAAAGUGAUUCACAUGGAAGUAAGUUGGUUUGAUGAAUCUGGGAAUUCAAGUGGAGCAAUUGGAGCAAGGCUUUCUACUGAUGCAGCUUCUGUUCGCACUUUGGUUGGGGAUGCACUUGGUUUGCUUGUUCAAAAUAUUGCUACAGCAAUAGCUGGCUUGGUAAUUGCUUUUGAAUCAAGCUGGCAGCUGGCUCUUAUAAUCCUUGCUUUGGUGCCUCUGCUAGGAUUAAAUGGAUAUGUGCAACUCAAGUUCUUGAAAGGAUUCAGUGCAGAUGCAAAGAAACUGUAUGAAGAAGCAAGUCAAGUGGCAAAUGAUGCUGUAGGGAGUAUUAGAACAGUUGCCUCUUUCUGUGCUGAAGAGAAGGUGAUGGAAUUAUACCAGGAAAAAUGUGAAGGACCAAUUAAGACAGGCAUAAGGCGGGGGAUAAUUAGUGGAAUUGGUUUUGGAUCAUCAUUCUUUGUGCUGUAUGCAGUUUAUGCAUGCAGCUUUUACGCUGGAGCUCGACUUGUAGAGGAUGGAAAAUCAACAUUCUCAGAUGUUUUCCGCGUCUUUUUUGCUCUCAGUAUGGCAGCUAUAGGAAUCUCUCAAUCUGGCUCUUUGGUGCCUGAUUCAACUAAAGCAAAAGGUGCAGCUGCUUCCAUAUUUGCUAUUCUUGACCGAAAAUCACACAUAGACCCAAGUGAUGAUUCUGGAAUGACAUGGGAAGAAGUGAAGGGAGAGAUUGAACUUAAACAUGUCAGUUUCAAGUAUCCUACCAGACCCGAUGUUCAAAUAUUCAGAGAUCUUAGCUUAACCAUUCGUAGUGGCAAGACAGUUGCACUGGUUGGAGAAAGUGGAAGUGGAAAAUCAACAGUGAUCUCAUUAUUACAAAGAUUUUAUGAUCCAGACUCAGGUCAAAUUACACUAGAUGGUAAAGAAAUCCAAAGGAUCCAACUUAAAUGGCUAAGGCAACAAAUGGGUCUGGUAAGUCAAGAGCCUGUACUGUUUAAUAACACAAUAAGGGCCAAUAUUGCAUAUGGAAAGGGUGGAGAUGCAACAGAGGCAGAAAUUAUAGCUGCAGCAGAACUGGCAAAUGCACACAAGUUCAUUAGUAGUUUGCAGAAGGGUUAUGACACGUUAGUAGGGGAGAGAGGAGUUCAAUUAUCUGGGGGGCAGAAGCAAAGGGUGGCAAUUGCAAGAGCCAUAGUGAAGAAUCCAAAGAUAUUGCUACUAGAUGAAGCAACAAGUGCACUUGAUGCUGAGUCCGAAAAAGUGGUUCAAGAUGCACUAGACCGUGUUAUGGUGGACCGAACCACAAUAGUAGUGGCCCAUAGAUUAUCCACAAUUAAGGGUGCAGAUUUAAUUGCUGUAGUUAAAAAUGGUGUUAUAGCCGAGCAAGGAAAGCAUCAAGCUUUACUUAAAAAAGGAGGUAACUAUGCUUCAUUAGUGGCGUUGCACACAAGUGCCUCUUCAUCUUAGUCACAUAUUCUAGUUUUUCAUAAUUUUUUCUUGUUUCAAAUAUUACUUAGCAAUCUGUUUCUCUACAAAGAAACUGUGUCAAAAUAUUGUUUACUUUGUU